AUUGCAACAAUAUGAGCUCUUUAAUAUGAAUGCUUUUAAGCGCCACCUAUUCCGCCCAUCAGUGGUAUCAUCCGUAGUCAUGGAGACGAGAAACUACUCAAUUAUAGAUGAUCAAUUAUACCAUAUAUACACGCUCACAAUCCAACAGAACUAACAGUUUUGGUGUAUUUUGUGCAUAUAUACUAUGAUUUACGGUAAACACUAUAGGCACAAAUGGUUGGCUUUUUUGUUGUUGUUGUUGUUGUUGAUUUUGCGUAAAUUGUAUAUACACUACAAAAGUUUCCAUGCACAUAAUUAGAUAUUGAGAUUAGAUCAUUAGAAUAGUGAUUUUUGAAAAAGAAACUUAUUCAUAGAAAUGAUAGGCUAUUAAAUCCAUCUCAGUUCUGUCAUUUACAUUCACAUUUACAUUUACGAGAUAAAACUAAUUAAAUGGUGUAUUAAUUAUGUAUUGUUCUUCAAUAGCUUGUGAAUUAAAUGUGUGGAGGUAAAAAUCUAAAGAAGAAAAAUAAAGAAAAAAAACUUCUUUAACUUCUUCAAUGUUGAUUUAAAAAAUAAUAAUAAUAAUUUUAAAUCUUAUAUUAUUGCAAAGAUCUUUAAUAGUGGGUCUAGGUGUCAUUUUUUAAAGAAAAAGGUAUCCAAAGCUUGGGCUGUCUCUCUAAAGUGGUCCAGAAUGGAAGGACCAUUUGUAUGCGUUGAUGCAGUGCGCAUUUCUGUGCCAUUGUAUGUGUAUAUACAAUACAUAUAAUGUACAUACACUGUAUAAUGUAUAUGUAAUAUAAUGUAUAUGUAAUCCUGAGAUCUAUAUUAAUGUGUGCCAUUAUUAUGAUUUCGUCCUCCUCGGAGAUCAGUGAGUUGAACCCACGGUGUUUUGGAAAAGGCCAAGCUCCGCCUGUGCUCGGGAAACGUCUUCCUCACACACCUUCAUCUUGCCUUUGCCUCGAACCCGCCCCCUUUACUUCACUCACAAGUAGUAGAGAACCGGGACGCUGGAGCGCGGCGCGGCCACCGUGACUCGAUUCACAUCCAUAGCCUCCUCCACCCUCUUCCUCCUUCUCCUCCUCCUCCAUCCUUUCCCUCCCUCCUUCCUCCCCCACCCUUUAAUAGGCUACUUUAUUCAAGUUCGCCGGGAACUCAAGACAGAGCUGACAGAGCUUGCAGACCCCCGGCGCAAAAGCUCGCGACCAUGUAAUCCGCCCUUGCGCACAGGAGCAGCAGCAGCAGGACGCGCGAGAAGAGUCCAGGAAUAUUAGUGGAUUUGAAAAAAAAAAUAAAAAAAAUCAAUCUUGUUUUGCAGAUUAAUCAUGCACGCUUUUCUCUGGGGUCUGGGCUUGUUCAUCGUACUCCCCGACGUUGUGAAUUUAGCAGCUUGGACCCGGAGUUCUCCGGCACACUCCAGAAAAGCAACAUCACUGGUGAACACCGAAGCGCACGAGAUCGUCACGCCUAUCAGAGUGACCGAGGACGGAGAUGCGUUGCCCCUGAACGCGCACUUCAAACGCAAGAAACGGAGCGUCGACAAGGAAACGGAACCGGGACACUGGGAAUCCGAGCACGUGCACUACAGACUCUACGCAUUUGGCCGUGACUAUCACCUUAACCUGACGCUCGAGGCGGGAUUUAUUGCGCCGCUUUAUACCGUAACCGUCCUUGGCACGAGCAACCGAACGCACGAGGAGGAUGAUGCGCAGGAUGAGGUGGAAACGAUGUACCGACACUGUUUUUAUAAUGGACACGUCAACGGAGAAAAGCAGCACUCCGCCGUCAUCAGCCUCUGUUCCGGUCUGCUUGGCACUUUCAGGUCAUCAGAAGGCGAGUAUUUCGUGGAGCCUCUUCACAGCUACAAUGGCGAACAUUAUGAAGAAGAACACAUCAAACCUCAUAUUGUGUACAGAAAAGAUGCACCGAAGACGGCCAAAGAUGAAGAAAAAGAUGGCACAGCGGCAUGUGAUACUGCAGGUCAUGAUACUGAGCAAAACACCGUGUCUGGGAGCAUGUUCUCUGACUUGGAGCGUCUCAGCGCAGGGGUUCUCUCGGGUUCUUUCCCCUCAACAGAAGACAAAGAGCCACCAGCUAAUGACAGCAGCACUGACUCAGGACCUCACCGGAGAAGAAAGCGCUUCCUGUCCUACCCACGCUUUGUGGAAAUCAUGGUCGUUGCUGACUACAAGAUGGUGGAGCAUCACAGGAGCAAUCUCCAGCACUAUGUUCUGACCUUAAUGUCUAUUGUUUCCUCGAUCUAUAAGGAUCCGAGCAUUGGCAAUCUGAUCAACGUUGUCAUUGUGAAGCUAGUCAUCAUAAACAAUGAGCUGAAGGGUCCAGUUAUCUCUUUCAAUGCACAAACCACUUUAAAGAACUUCUGUGUCUGGCAGCUUGAUCAGAACAACCUUGACGACGAGCACCACGACCACUAUGACACCGCUAUCCUCAUCACCAGGCAGGACAUCUGUCGAGCAAAAGACAAGUGUGACACUUUAGGUAAUUAUGUUUUUUUUAAUGUGAUUUUUUUUUCAGAUAUCAACUAUAUAAUAAGAUUACAGUCACAACAUAUGUUCUUCUCUGCUUUGGCAGGUCUUGCAGAGUUAGGCACAGUGUGUGAUCCGUACAGGAGCUGCAGCAUCAGUGAAGAUAGUGGCCUCAGUACAGCUUUCACCAUUGCUCAUGAGCUCGGCCAUGUGUUCAAUAUGCCCCAUGAUGACAGUAAUAAGUGUAAAGAGGAUGGGGUUAAGGUUCAGCAGCAUGUGAUGGCCCCAACGCUCAACUACUACACCAAUCCCUGGAUGUGGUCCAAAUGCAGCAGAAAAUACAUCACAGAGUUCCUCGACACAGGGUACGGAGAGUGCUUGCUGGACGAACCCGUGUCCAGGCCAUACCCCCUGCCCCAGCAGCUCCCCGGGCGCAUGUACACCGUCAAUCAACAAUGUGAACUCAUAUUUGGACCUGGGACACAGGUCUGCCCAUAUAUGAUGCAGUGUCGCCGGCUUUGGUGCACGAGUCCAGAAGGAGCUCAGCGUGGUUGUCGGACCCAACACAUGCCUUGGGCGGACGGCACCGUCUGUGGUCAAGGAAAGCACUGUAAACAUGGUGUCUGCAUUCCCAAGGAGCAUGACUUGGGGCCGGUGGAUGGGGAAUGGGGCGUGUGGAGUCCCUUCGGUUCCUGCUCACGCACAUGUGGAGGAGGCAUCAAGAUCGCCACCCGGGACUGCAACAGACCUGCACCCAGGAACGGAGGACACUAUUGUGUGGGGCGCAGAAUGAAGUUCCGCUCCUGCAACUCGGAGCCGUGUUCGAAACAUAGAAGAGAUUUCAGAGAUGAGCAGUGCGCCGCUUUCGACGGCCGCCAUUUUAACAUCAAUGGUCUACCUCCAAACGUGCGCUGGGUGCCAAAGUAUAGCGGAAUUCUAAUGAAGGACCGCUGCAAGCUCUUCUGCAGAGUGGCAGGAAACACAGCCUACUAUCAGCUGAAGGAUCGAGUGAUCGAUGGCACGCCAUGUGGCCCCGAUACCAAUGACAUCUGUGUGCAGGGCCUGUGCAGGCAAGCAGGUUGUGACCAUAUUUUAAACUCCAAGGCCAGGAGAGAUAAAUGCGGAGUGUGUGGGGGAGACAACUCGUCCUGUAAGACAGUGGCAGGGACGUUAAAUACGGUGCACUACGGUUACAACGUCGUCGUGCGAAUCCCCAGCGGUGCUACCAACAUAGACGUGCGACAGCACAGCUACUCAGAAAAACCCGAGGAUGAUAACUACCUCGCCGUGGCCAACAGUCGUGGAGAAUAUUUACUCAAUGGAGAUUUUGUGGUCAGCAUGUUCAAAAGGGAAGUCAAAGUGGGCAGAGCCGUCCUCGAGUACAGCGGCUCCGACCACGUCGUCGAGAGACUCAACUGCACUGACCGCAUCGAGGAGGAAAUCGUCAUCCAGGUCCUGUCCGUAGGUAACUUGUUCAAUCCGGACGUCAGGUAUUCCUUUAACAUUCCCAUUGAAGACAUGACUCAGCAGUUCAUCUGGGACGCCUACGGCCCGUGGCAGGAGUGUAGCCACCUGUGCCAAGGGGAGCGAAAAAGAAAAAUCCUGUGCAAACGAGAGUCGGACCACGUGGUGGUCUCGGAUCAAAGGUGUAACGGUUCACCUCGACCGGCGACCAUCGCAGAACCCUGCAAUGUGGACUGCGAGCUCAGGUGGCACGUGGCCCGUAAGAGCGAGUGCACGGCGACGUGUGGGCUGGGAUACCGCACGCUGGAAAUCUACUGCGCUAAAUUCAACCCAAGUGACGGUAAAACCCAGAGAGUUGAUGACAGAAACUGCAGCCAUCAGCACAAACCUGAUGAUAAGGAGGCUUGUCAUGGUGACUGUAACCCUGGCGUCUGGGAGUAUUCGCCCUGGUCAGAGUGUUCGAAAAGUUGCGGAGGGGGAACGCGUCAUCGGACUGCCGCGUGUAAGUCGUCUGAGAACGACGAGGGGAAAUGCAACACCAGAGACAAGCACGUCGUCCAGCCCUGCAACGAGUUCCAGUGUCCAAGUUGGAGGACUGGGGAGUGGUCAGAGUGCCUGGUGACGUGUGGGAAAGGCUACAAACACCGUCAGACGUGGUGUCAGUUUGGAGACGAGCGGCUGGAUGAGCGCUUCUGCAACUCGGCCAAACCGGAGUCGGUGCAGGCAUGUCAGCAGCAGGAGUGUGCGUCCUGGCAGUUCGGCUCCUGGGGCCCGUGCACUACCUCCUGUGGCCCUGGCUAUCAGAGACGAGUCGUGAAGUGUGUAGUCAGCUCGUCCGGCUUGGUCAGGGAUGAUACCGACUGUAACGCGGCGACGCGCCCGACUGACACGCAGGACUGUGAAAUCUCUCCGUGUCCCAUCACCCGUUCUCCUGACACCAAACCCGUUCUUCAUCCUGGCCACAAAACCCAGUGGCGCUUUGGAUCAUGGACUCAGUGUAGCGCUACCUGCGGGAAGGGAAUACGCAUGCGCUACGUCAGCUGUCGUGACACUCAGGGCGGCGUUGCAGAGGAUUCCCGGUGUGCUCAUCUCCCCAAACCUCCUGCUACAGAUGUCUGCUCCGUGUUGGCUUGCGGUCAGUGGAAGGUGCUGGAAUGGACUCAGUGCUCUGUUUCCUGCGGUCAGGGUAAAGCAUCUCGUCAGGUUCUCUGCGUGAACUUCAGCGACCAGAUGCUGGACGUCAGCGAGUGUGACCCGGACGAUCGCCCGGCGACGGAGCAGGAGUGCGCCAUGCCCCAGUGCACGCCUCACCCCAGUGACCACGCCCCUUUGCCUCCUAACCAAGACACCCGAAAAAAAUCCACCACCCCUUCCAGGACAGAUCGAAUCCGAGGCACGCGUCCGCCAUCGCAGUGGAGGUUUGGACCUUGGGGAGCGUGCUCGAGCACAUGUGCCGGAGGAUUCCAGAGGCGGGCGGUGGUGUGUCAGGAUGAGAACGGCUACCAGGCCAACAGCUGUGACGAGAGCGUCCGACCCGCAGAACAGCGUGCCUGUGAGUCUGGACCGUGUCCACAGUGGGUUUACGGAGACUGGGGCAAGUGUUCGAAACCCUGCGGUGGGGGAAUAAAGACGCGCCUCGUGGUUUGUCAGCGGUCCGGUGGCGAGCGCUUUAGCGAUCAGAGCUGCGAGGUUCUGGACAAACCACCUGACCGAGAGCAGUGCAACAUGCAGCCGUGCUCUCACUGGAGAGCCGACCCGUGGAGCUCGUGCUCCACCUCCUGUGGGAAGGGCUUCAGACGCCGCAACGUGACCUGCGUCAGCCGCUCGGGCCAUCUGAUGGCGGAAGACAACUGCCUGCACCUGCCCCUUCCCCGAAAGCAGAAGUCUUGCAAAGGUGGGAAGUGCCCCGAGUGGAGGACGAGCAUCUGGCUAGAGUGUAGUGCGACGUGCGGUUCCGGACGGAGGAGUCGCGCCGUAGUGUGUGCAAAUCACAGCGGAGACGAGAUCCACGAAUCGCACUGCUCAGCACAGAUGAAGCCAAACCACAGCGAGCCGUGUAACACUCAACCCUGCGAGUUCAUCUGGAUCGUAGGAGAGUGGACGGAGUGUAGUGUGACGUGCGGUUCCGGCCGGAGGAGUCGCGCCGUGGUGUGUGUGAAUCACAGCGGAGACGAGAUCCACCACUCACACUGCUCUGCACGGAACAAACCGAAGCACAGCGAGCCGUGUAACACUCAACACUGCGAGUUCAUCUGGAUCACAGGAGACUGGGAGGAGUGCUCUGUGACCUGCGGUCAAGGCUACCAGAGGAGGCGGGUCUCCUGCAGCGAAAUGCAUCCUGGGAGUGAGAAUUAUGAAUACAGCCACCAGGGGUCACCCAGCUGCCCAGGGACGCCUCCCGAGAGCUACAGAACAUGCAGACUCCCUGCCUGCCCUUUAAGCCACAGCUGGAGAGUGGGCAUCUGGGGACCUUGUUCAGUGAGCUGUGCUGAUGGCUGGAUGGAGCGCAUGGUUCAGUGUUAUUCAGAAGAAGGUGAGCUCAGUGCUCAGUGUGACUCCAGCUCCAAGCCGGAGGGUCGGAGGUCCUGCACCAACCCGGAGUGUAAAUUGCCGUUCAGCUGCAGGGAUGUACAGAUGAAGAGCGGUGUUGUUGUUGAUGGAGAGCAGCUUCUCAGUGUGCAGGGCAAAGCACGUAAUAUCUACUGUUCAGAGAUGCAUACGGAAAGUCCUAAAGAAUACAUCACUCUCACGACCGGAGAGAGCGAGAACUUCUCUGAGGUUUUUGCAUACAGGCUGAUGGAUCCCACACAGUGUCCAUCAAAUCUGAUCCACAGAGAGGAGUGCCAGUGCCGGAGAGACUACACAGCCGCCGGCCUGUCCGCUUUCACCCGGGUUCGACUGGACCUGAGCAAGAUGACCAUCAUAACCACAGAUUGGAAGUACUCGUACACUCGAGAAGGUCAUAAGGUUCCUUUCGCCACAGCAGGAGACUGCUACAGCGCCGCUCGCUGUCCACAGGGCCGUUUCAGCCUCAACCUCACAGGAACAGGUUUCCAAGUGGCUAAGAGUACUCAGUGGAUUUCCCAAGGGAACUACGCUGUGGCAGACAUCCACAGGUCCCAGGAUGGCAGUAGAGUGACAGGAACAUGUGGUGGCUACUGUGGCAAAUGCGCUCCAUCCUCCAGUUCAGGUCUUCUCAUCCAUCUUACAUGAACCCCAACCUUCUUACAGGACGUUUUCUUCUCUUCGGGGUCUGCUCUCAGGGUGGUGCUAAAGACAUAAAAGUCAUCGAAGAACAUCCUUCACCAUCCCCUGACUUCCUGCUGUAUGUGUGUAAAUAUCAGCUGGUGUAUGUAAUGUACAGAACGUUGUUGAAUUAUUUAUUUUAUAAUCCACAUUUAUUUUUAUACAGUUAUUUAAAACGCUAACAAAGCCAUGUGUGAAUCGUUGCCUGUUCCUGACGCAGAUCGUCGGUUCCUUGUACAGUCAUGACAUAAUGCCGUUCAUCAGUGUACGUAUUAUACACGGGUUUUGCUAAUAAGUGUCAUGUAUUUUUAUUAUUAUUAUUAUUAUUAUUAUUAUUAUUAUUAUUAUUAUUAUUAUUAUUAUUAUUAUUAUUAAACCAUUUUACUUAACCAGCAGCUGGAAAAGUACGUACGAACCGCGUCUUCAUCUCUGUGCCGUAUUCAGGAGCCUCAGUUCAGGGUUUAGCUCAGUUGGGUCUCUUGUUGAAGACCACGAGCAGACAAGCAGAAUAGACAUGACAUGAAGAGCAGGUUUUUACACAGCAACCAGUAAGUUCUGGAUGUUUUUGGGAUCGUCUUGUGGUUUUUGUAACUAAAAAUUAUUUAAAAAGUCUUCUGUGGAGACACAGUGGAAAUUCUGGGUUAUUCUGGACGAUGAAGCAGGUGAAGGAAGUGUUGAUCGGCUCUGGUGAUGAUAACAAAACAGACAGCAUCGGCGUAUCGGGGGAGAGACAAGACUCAGGAUGUACACAACUAUAAAGAUCGUAGGUAGAGUGAAGGUAGAGUGACACUAGCCGGUCUGUGGAUGUGGAAUAGCGUAGACAUUAAAGGGACAGAUGUGUCACAUCCAAAAAAAAGUCCAUCGAUGAAUAUUUACAGCAUGUGAGGAUACGUUCAAAUAUACAACGAUUAAAAUGUUAUCUAUGAAGGAUUAAAGGUGGGGUCUCCGAUUUUUAAAGCCAAUGUUGACAUUUGAAAUCACCAAAACAAACACACCCCUAACCCAAAUAGGUCCCACCCCUGUAUCGAUAGCUCCGCCCACACAUACAUACGUAAC